AUGCUAAUUGUUGAAUUAGUCGCCGAAGAGAAGAUGGAAAAGCGACGAAAUGACUCAUUGGUUACUGAUACGACGAAUAGUCAGAGAUUUUUUGCAAGCAACAUGGAAUUACUAAAAGCAUUUUAUAAGCUGAAACAUUAUCAUAUUAAACAGUUAAAGUCGGAAAAUCGCAACAUCAACUCGACACCAAAUAGCCGAUGUCCAAUAUUCAAUCGAAUAUUCUAUGGCACACGCAUUAGUGCAGCUACUGGAAGUGUUAUACUUUACAUUGUCACUUUAUUUAUAGUGCGACGAUAUAGCAAAAGGAUAAAAGAACAACAGAAUUCCGGAUCAGUUAAGAUAAACAAGCGUCAAUUAAACUUUACAAAAACCGUAGGUUUGUCGUGUUUUGCGACUGCUGGCCUAUAUGUUUUGCCUAUGAUUAUCGCAUUCUACGAAACAAGCAAGGACAAAGUACCAAAUAUUACUUUCGUAAUUGUUAUUGUAAUAACAAUUUUAAAUUCUUUCUCCAAAACAAUUAUUGUUGGCUACCGCUCACAUGAUAUCCGAGAUGCCGUCAUUGAUAUAAUGCCAGGUGUAUUUCGUAAGUAA